UUCUGCAAUUUGUAAACAAAUGCACUUGUGUCUCCUCUUUGCUUGUGAGUUUUUGGCUUCAAGUUCGUUCAAAUGUGAUUAAACAACAUGGACAGAAAAAGAGCGUUAACUGCUAAAGAACUUGAGGAAAUUGCGCGGAAAAUAAAUGAGUAUGGGUUGACUGACGAUUCGGAUGUUGAAGAAGCUUUUCAAGACUCCGGUUCCGAGAAUAAGUCAGAAUCGGAUAUUUCAUCUGAAAGUGAUCUGGAGCUUCCGGUCCGUCGUAUUACACGUAAACGCAAAAGGAACAACCAACAGAAAGCUGAAAACGAUUUGCCUGAUGAUGAAAUUCUUAGCGUAGAGCCUAAUUUAGCGUCAGAUCUUGAGGAGAUUGAGGUAGAGCCUAACCCCAUCAGUAAGAAGAAUAUUCACUGGAGCACUAGUGGAUCUUCAUUUAUUCCGUCAAAGAGUGUAGAACCUACCGCGCAUGUUACACGUAUUUCACAUGCAGAUAUUACUCAUAAAUCAUCUGAACUCGAGUAUUUUUUGAAAUUAGUUCCCAGAAGUUUAUUUAUUUUUAUGGCUGAAUGUACUAACGUAAGGCUAAGCAACUUACAAGAGAAGACAAAAAAGCAAUAUCUUCCCACCGAUUAUCACGAAAUGGUGUUGGUAAUUGGUUGUUAUUUUGUCAUGGCGUACAACAAAGUACCACCUUUGUCAAAUUAUUGGUCAUCACUUGGAAAUGAGGCUAUUAAGAAUGCCAUCUCUAGAGACAGAUUUUUUCUUCUUACAUCAAAAAUGUAUUAUAACCAUCCUAAAAAAAUCAGAAAAUUCAGACAAACUCUAUUACAUUUCUGA